GCAAAGGCAAAGAUUGGGUACGACGCAGUGCAGGUGAUUCAUCUGAGUCCCAUCUUAGACUUAUCGAUCGAUUGGAAUUGAGACUACAAUUCUCUGGAAUCUACAGUCUGCUGGAGGAAGCCCUCGACGAAGAAGAAGAAAGUAUCGAAGAUGGUGAAAGUAGCAACAUUCUUUGCGAUGACUUUGGGUGCCUUCGUUUUCUGGCAGUCCAUGGACAAAGUUCAUGUCUGGAUCGCUCUUCGCCAGGACGAAAAGCAAGAAAAAAUGGAGAAGGAAGCGGAGAUAAGGAGAGUGAGGGAAGAGCUACUGCAACAAGCCAAGGAGAGGGAUCCCCUUGCCUAAGAUUAGUUGCUCUGUCUUGUGACGCUGGUGGCACUUUUCUAUGAAUUUCCUAUAUUUCUGUUCCCAUUGUAUUACUCUGGUCAGACUUGACAGAUUUCUCAUAAGAAAUGACUCCUGUUAUGAUUGUCAUCAGGGAAUUCUUCUGUUCACUAUUUCCUGUUUUGGCUCUGCCAGCAAUUGCAAAGUUGGUUCUUAUGUGGCUAUGCAUGCAAAUUGCAAUCUUUGAAAUCAGAAGUCGGUUUUCAUGUGACUUACAUAUAUGAUGUUGAGAUCUGUACUUGAUGUUAAUAUGAAUAAUGUGUUUUGAUUAUGGGAUCUCUUUGAGAUUUUAGUUUGGGGAAGAGGAUAACACAUAUUCACCACCUAUUUUGUUGCUGUUUCCGUGUCAUCGAAAUUUUCAGACUGAACUUCGAAUUUUUUUGUUGAGAGAGACUUGUAGUUCCACUUCACUACAUUCUCCUUCAAUAACUUCUGCAGGAAAAAUGCCUAU